UUUUGCUAUUAAUUUUUGGUCGCGAUCUCAUAUCACAGCGCGAAAAGGAGUGUUCUUAUCUAUCGGCGAAUCGAAGUUAGCAGCAUCCUCCGCAACCAUGCCUUACGAAGACGAUCCGUACCGCGACGAAGAUGGUGAGCCAUUGAUGAACCCGGACGACUUCGAUCGCGAGCCGUCGCCGGAGCCGCUCCUCCACGACGAUUUGGAGGACGAAGACACCGGCGAUUGGCGCGACCGGGAGCGGUCCCAGACGCCGGUGUACGACCCCGACGCGUCGUCCAAAUCCAGGCCGAGGAAGCGGCUGGUGAAGAAGGGCGGCGGCGGCGAGAGUCAGAAGGUGGUGGUGUUGAGAGAAGGGGAGGAGUGGCCGGACGAUAAGUUUCAUGAGUUGAUGCCGGAUAGUGAUGAGGAGGAACAGAGCAGGGCCAAGAGGUUGAAGAAGGAGAAGAGGCAUAAGGGGGAGAAGAGGGGGGUGAGAUUGCCGGGGAAAUCGUCUUCUGAUAAGGCCGAGGUCAAGGAGAUGUGGGACACCCUUACCCGCGGCGAUUCUGAGGAUGAUAAUGAGGGUCAAAGGAAUGUGGAUGAUGACAACUUUAUAGAUGACACUGGUGUACAUCCUUCUGAUCGGUAUGCAAGUGACAAUGACCGUUCUCCCAGUCAUCAUCCGCAGGCUGAAGAGGGUGAGGAAAAUGAAAUUGAUGAGCUUUUUAAGGUGGGUAAGAAAAAGAAGAAGAAUGAAAAAAGUCCAGCAGAAAUAGCAAUGGUAGUGGAGAAUAUCAUGGCUGAGCUCGAGGUUACAGCUGAAGAGGAUGCAGACCUUAACAGACAGGGGAAACCUGCCAUUAAUAAACUCAAAAAAGUUUCUCUUCUCACAGAGGUCCUCUCAAAGAAGCAGCUUCAACAAGAGUUCUUGGAUCAUGGAGUGCUAACUCUACUCAAGAAUUGGCUUGAACCUCUUCCAGAUGGAAGUUUACCAAAUAUAAACAUUCGAGCAGCGAUAUUGAAGAUUUUGACUGAUUACCCUCUUGAUCUAGAGCAGUAUGAUAGAAGAGAACAACUGAAGCGAAGUGGCCUUGGAAAGGUCAUUAUGUUUUUGUCAAAAUCUGAUGAAGAAACAACUUCCAACAGAAAACUUGCAAAGGAAUUGGUUGACAAAUGGAGUCGACCUUUAUUCAAUAAAAGUACAAGGUUUGAGGAUAUGAGAAAUAUUGAUGAGGAGAGAGUUCCCUUUAGAAGGCCAUCAGUGAAAAAGCCAGCGAGCAGUGGUUCAGGAAUGGAGUCUAGAGAUGGUGAUCUUGACUUGGAUGAGUUUUCAAGGGAAAGAAAAUCUGGGCAAUCAUCUUCUCGGCAACUUACUUCAAGGCCAGAAGCGACGCAAAUGGAUUUUCUGGUGCGCCCACAAUCUAAGAUUGAUCCUGAUGAAAUUAGAGCUCGCGGUAAGCAAGCAAUACAGGAUCAGCGGCGUAUGAAGAUGAACAAAAAGUUGCAACAGUUGAAGGCGCCAAAGAAGAAGCAGCUUCAAGCCACAAAGCUAAGUGUGGAGGGUCGUGGUAUGGUCAAAUACUUGUAAAUCACUGAUCUUCCUAGCACUCAAACAUACUACGGAACUGAUUGGUGGGUGGAAUUUAAAUUGAGGGUCAAAGUGAAAGUUGUAAUUGUUCGUUGUUGUGUUGAUAAAUACCAAUAAAUAUUCUUUCAUUUCAGUUUUGGAGGUACACUAGUCCCUGUCUCGAACCAUUUUCUUUAUAUCAGCUAUAUUUAUCAAUUGGGGAAGGAAAAAAAAAAUUCCUCUUUUGGGACAUUCUGGUCCGAGUUUCCCUACCUUAAUGUGUUGGAUGACCAUCAGGUUACGGUUAAAUGGCCUGGGUUGUGGGCUUGCUUUUCUUGCUUGGUCAAACCGGUCCUAUUUGGAGUUCCUAAUCCAGAAUCUUGGUUUCGUUGUUACU